AUGAUUUUCUGGAAAUUGGCCGUUCUGGUGACCCUUGCAAGCCUUUCGAGUGUCGUGCAAGCGGAUGGAUGUAAAUGCAUCCCAAGCGACGCAACCUGUUGGCCAAAUGAAGCAGCACUGAUUUCAUUCAACGCAUCACUUCCAGGGAAGCUUAUUCAGAACUUUCCCGUAGCCGCCCCGUGCUACCCAGGGCCUCUGAACAACCCAGCUCAGUGCGCCAAUAUCCAGGCAAAUUGGAACAGCUCGCUCUUUCAUGCUCAAUUUCCGACUGGCUAUGACUACCCUUACAGUUUUAACUGUGAUAUCCCUGGGGGCAACACCUCUACCUGCUCGCUGGGAGACUCUCCUUACUAUGCUGUCAAUGUGACGAACGCAAAUGACGUUUCUCUUGCACUCAGGUUCGCAGCACAACAUAAUAUGCGCGUUUCUAUCAAGCAGACUGGCCACGAUUUUCUGGGUCGCUCAACAGGCUAUGCCAGUCUAGAGAUCUGGACACAUAACCUCCGCCAAGGUCUCACUUUCCACGACUCAUAUCUUUCGACUACCCAGUGUUCCCCGCAGGAACCUGAGGGUAUAGAAUCUACCGGGGCGGCUCUUUGGGCCGGCAGCGCCAUUACAAUCGGUGGAGCAUACACUUGGACAGAAGUGUAUCAAUAUGCGCACGAACAAAACGUGAUCGUCGUGGGCGGUACAUGUACAGGAGUAGGUGCCCUUGGUGGCUACUUGCAAGGCGGUGGCCACUCGGCUUCUAUGCGCGAAUUUGGCAUUGCUACGGAUCAAGUCCUUGAGUAUACAGUUGUGCUCGCAAAUGGAGAUGUCGUUACGGCGAAUGCGUGCUCGAAUGCUGAUUUGUUCCGGGCGCUCAGGGGGGGAGGUGGUGGCACCUAUGGCGUUGUCAUUAACGCGACCAUCAAGGCGUACCCGGAGAUGCCUGUGACUGCCGCAGUUCUGACCAUCGUCCCCCAGGAUGGAAAUGAUGAUUUAACUACUUUCUUGGAUGCCGUUGCAACCUGGUAUGAAACUACGCCUAUGAUCCUAGAGGCAAAUCUUGGUGGUUACGCUGGCUGGGCGGCCUGGGAUGGUGACACGCUCUUGGCUCCGAAAGUCAGAAGGCUAGAGUCUGCCUUUGGCGGCUUCAACCGCAGCAUCGAUGAUGUCAAGGAAAGCAUGGCACCAGUGGUAGCAAAGUUAUCACCAUUCAAUUCCAAGGGCAUGAAUGUGACGGCGGAGUACAUUGCGUUUCCCGAUUACUUCACCUAUUUUCACGACGUUCAUGCGAACGGCAUGAACGUUGGGCAGAGUAUCAUCAUGAGCUCUCGAUUUCUACGCAAUAUGCAUCUAACAAAUAGCACUGCCGUGCGCCAAAUGGUCAAUGUCACUGCAGGCCUCCCUGGCCAGAACGCGUUCACCGUGGUAGGUGUUAACGGCGGCGGUGCUGUGGCUUUGGAUGUUCCCAAUACUGCCAUUAAUCCGGCGUGGCGCGAGUCGUUGGUGAACAAUCUUGUGGCUCGUAAUUGGCCGGAUACAACUCCCUACUUGGAAGUCAAAGCAGCACAGGACGAUAUAACCUACGUUAAAGGCGCCUCAUUGGAAUUGUUGGCACCAGACACAGGAACCUAUAUCAACGAAGCAAACUACAAGGAUCCGAAUUAUCUUGUGAAUUUCUACGGCACUACGAGACCAGCACUUGAAGAGAUCAAGCAAAAAUACGAUCCCGAUGAUUUAUUUUAUUGCAUAACGUGCAUAAGAUCAAACUAUUGGUAUCAGGAGGCCGAUGGCCGCCUUUGCUAUAAAGACAAUUAG